UUGUCCUCCCUGAACCCUUCCGCUCAUCCUCCCCGAACCCUUCCUCCUCCACUUCCUAUCCAUUGUCUCCUCUAUCUCACAUCCGAUUCUCCUUUGCUCUAUUUUCUGUGAGCGUCAUAUCUUUUUGGUCCACAAGGUUAGAUUGGUUGGAAUCUUUUUGGUUCACAAGGUUAGAUCGGUUGGAUGGAGGCGAACAGUUGGAGGUCGACUCAGGGGGAGAUGCCAGAUGGGAGAUCUGGUGACUGGAAGACCCAGCUCCAUCCCGAGGCGCGGCAGAGAAUCGUCAAUAAGAUAAUGGACACUUUGAAGAGGCAUCUUCCAAUCUCUGAUUCUAAUGGUCUAAAUGAACUUCAGAAAAUUGCUAUUCGGUUUGAGGAGAAGAUAUAUACUGCAGCGGCAGAUCAGUCUGAUUAUUUGAAAAGGAUUUCUCAAAAAAUGUUGUCAAUGGAGAAAAAGCCUCAGCAUCCUGGAGGAUCUGGACAAAUUAACCAUUCUAUUAACCAAAAUCAUGUAGAUCAAGGUAUGUCCUGUUGAAGAUUUCACUUACAU